GUUCGGCGUGAUUUCGGCACGUGGUUUCUGUAUCGCGUCUGCAGUCUUUUUGAGUUGAUUCAUUUCAUUGUCUUCCUUGCUUCUGUUGCUAGUCAUUUUCCCUCUCUUUUCUCUCCCUCCCUCCCGCCCUUCGUGGCACUCCUCAUUCACCUUCAACGUCGUUCUGCAUGGCGGAGUAUCCACGCAUGGACCCGUACUCAAAGUCCAGGUAUGUUGAACAUGGGAUAGAUGCCAAAAUUGUGGUCAUGGGCAAUACAGGCGUGGGCAAGACCAGCCUACUCCAUCGCUACACUCAGAACAAGUUCGAUCCCAGGAACAUGACGUCCACGACCGGGGCUUUCUUCGUAACUAAGAAAGUUCAUGUCGAUGGUUUGAAGGUUCGGCUACAACUAUGGGACACUGCCGGACAGGAACGAUUUCGAAGCAUGGCCCCCAUGUAUUAUCGCGGAGCAAAUGCUGCACUUCUCUUGUAUGAUAUCACGAAUGCUGCUACGUUUGAGGACAUUCGAGGAUGGUUAGCUGAGUUGAAGAAAAAUUGUCCGCCAGAGCUCAUCAUUUAUAUCGUUGGUUCAAAAGCCGACCUACAUCAUCACAGACAGGUCACAUCUGAUCUAGCCCGCCUAUCGCUGCAUACUUGGUUUCCUCCGCCGCGCCCCCCGACCCCUCCUCCCCCUCCUCCCCCACCAUCGUCAACACUAUCUUACAUUCGCCCCAGAUUCACAUCUUUUACUAGUAUCAGAUCAGUUCCUCUAAACAACCCCCCGAUGAAGUCUUCUCCGCCACACAGCGCGUCCUACUUGGAUCCCGCUGUUAGCCAGUCAUCGCAUUCAUCUGUGCUCAAGCGAUGUAAUACUGGACCUGGCCUUCCGAGAAUAAAGACGACAGGUUUGGCCUUGAACAGGUCAAAAACAGAGGCUUCUCGUUCACUACAAUCUCGUUUUGGCUCACACUUUGGGCGGAAUGCAGGAGGGUAUGAUGCCGCGGAUAGCAGCAGCAAUAGCAUAAAUGAAGAUGAGGAAGACCUUGAUGUCGAUGAUCAGGAAUGGGGACUUCACAAGGGGAUGGAACUUUUCGAAGUUUCGGCUAAAGAUGACUUCGGCAUCGAGAACCUCUUCGAAUCAUUGAUUAGUGCAAUCAUCGAGCGGAAGGAUAUCAUUGAGCGCGAAAAUGAGCUCAGGAAACGUGAUAGUGUCUUCCUAUCGACUAUCAGCACGCCUACCUGGGCCGCUCAGGCCGAAGAAGAAGAGGCACGGGAGAAGGCUCGUUCCACUUCAGGAGGUUGGAGCUGUUGUGCUUCGUGAUCUUGUCCCUGCCAGGUAUCAAGACUUCUCAGCUAUCUGCUGUCUUUCUACUCAUCUGCAUCUUACCGGUCCGGCAUACAUUCUCACAUCGUCCAACAUGUUCUCCCGUCACAUCAAUCUCAUUCACCUGAUAUUCAAGCUCUCUCGUUUUCUUUCGUUUACAGGAUGCUAUGUUCUUUAUGCCACUUUCUAUGAUUCCUACAGGUUCUCUCAUACCACCGAGCCUCGGGACCACUGUUUGCAAUACUAUUAUUCACUUCCUUAUCUCCUCAUACCAUAUACUACCUUAAGUAGAUACAAUUUGUGCAUGUGUCUAUAGUCACCUCAUUCAGCAAUCUUGGAUCUUCUAAUCCCUUGCUAGGUUUGUGCUAGGCGGUAUUUGUGUCAGCAGACUGACGAGGGAGAACACCAAAAAAGGCAGUUAGGAUCAUCAAUGCUGGAAGAGGCUAGAGCUGAGCGCCGAGCUAUGAGUCCGUUU